AUGUUGUCUAACACCUGUACUGAUGUGUGGCUACUGGUUCUACUGGUAUUGCCCCUGGCAUCUGCAGUGUCUAACUAUGUCUUCUGCUACAGCCUCAUCAGCAUACGCCUUGGAGAGCACAACCUCAAAGGUGUGGACUGGACAGAGCAGCUGAGAUUGCCCUGCAGAUUAAUCCGUCAUCCCGACUACAAGCCCCGAUCCAAAGACAAUGAUAUCAUGCUGGUCAAGCUGUGCAGGCCAGUUCAAAUCAACAAAAAUGUCCAGUCCCUUGCACUUGCUGCCAGCUGCCCUGUUCCAGGCAUGGUCUGUCAGGUGUCGGGAUGGGGUACUACCACCAGCCCAGAAGUAAGCUACCCAAACAUCCUUCAGUGUGCCAAUCUCACCAUCAUUCGCCCAGAGGUGUGCCACGUCAUCUACCCCAACCUUUUCAACCAAAACAUAGUGUGUGCCAGCGGGGGUAAGGUGGAUGCAUGCCAGGGUGAUUCUGGAGGACCUCUGGUCUGCAAUGGGAAGCUCCAAGGCAUUGUUUCCUGGGGACCUCAGGUCUGCGGGGACCCCAACUAUCCUGGUGUCUAUACCAGUGUCUGCAGGUUCAAGAAGUGGAUUGAGGACACCAUAAGGAACAACUGAUGCCCUACCCAACAUCCCCCACACCAGGAAAAAGUGUCUUGUCCCUCCAUGUGAUGGUUAUAGAUUGUGGUGGACCUUGUAGGUGGUACAGGAGAUGGACCAGCCUGUACAGCCCCAUAGAUUGGGGAUCCAUCAAUGCCAAUCAAUAA